CCACACGCACACUCGCUCUCUCUCUCUGUUUCAUGUAUCUAUCUACAUCUUCAUCUUCAUCUUCAUCAUCUUCUUCUUCAACUUUCUCUCUCUAGACCUGCAACUCGAUCCCUCUCCUUCAUCCUAUAAAAUUAUAUCGACCGUAAUAUUAUAACGGGGGGAGAUAUAUAUAAAUUGUGUUCGGAAUUUUUAAGCCCCCCCUUUUUCCGCCCCCGCACCCACUUCCCUUUCUCUCUCUCUCCUCUCUCUUUUUGCGCUCUUUCCAGUUGUCCAUGCUCCCAUCUUUUUCACCCCUUCUUGUACAGAUUUCCUUUUCCAAUUUCCGAUUCCUCCAAUCCCCACCCAAUCCCUUCUCUCUCUCUCUUUCUCUCUCUCCCCACCCGCUCUCAGUAAGAGGAGAGAGAGAGAGAGAGAGAGAGAGAGAGAGGAAGGAGCGAACGAAUUGAGCUGAUUCUGAAACAAUUUAGCUGAGCAGCAGCAGCAGCAGCAGCAGCAGUAAUAAUACAUAAGCGGUGGUGGUGGUGGCUGCAGUGGUAAUAAUUAGAGAUAGAGGAGGAGGAGGAGGAGGAGGAGAAGCAGGAGCAGCAGCAGCAGCAGCAAAACAAAAGAAAGGAGAAUUAUUUGGGAGACAUGCAGCAGCAAGGAGGGUCCCCAUACGGGGUUCCUCCGCCGGAAAUGGCCCCAUUCCCGUCCCCGACAGCGCCCGGCCCGGGCCCCCGGCCCCACAUCCUCGGAAUUCCCCCCGCCGCCGAUCAGCAGAUGCCGGAAGCCGCAUCGCCGAUCAGCAGCCGGCCGCCGCCGCCAGCCGCCGCCGGAGCUCCGAGGUCGGCGGGGGGCGGGUUCGAGGAGCUCGUCUCCGGGGCCGGCGGCGGAGGAUUCCCCGACGACGAGGCCCUCGCGGGCGCCUCGGACGAGGCCGAGCGCGGCGGCGCCGGCAACCGGUGGCCGAAGCAGGAGACGCUGGCGCUGAUCAAGAUACGGUCGGAGAUGGACGCCGCCUUCCGCGAGGCCACUCUCAAGGGCCCUCUCUGGGAAGAGGUCUCCAGGAAGCUCGGGGAGUUGGGGUACAGGAGGAGCGCGAAGAAAUGUAAGGAGAAGUUCGAGAACGUGCACAAGUACUACAAGCGCACCAAGGAGAACCGCGCCGGGCGGCAGGACGGCAAGAGCUACCGCUUCUUCAGCCAGCUGGAGGCCCUCGGCGCCUCCAGCUCGUCCGGCAGCCCUGCCCCGACCACAAUUGGGUUCGCCGCCGGCGCUGCCGCCAUGGCCGGCCCGUCAGCGGCCCAGAUCCAGCCUGCUCAUAUCUCGGCCGCUGCGCCGCCGCCGCCCAUCGUCACUCCGGUUCGUGCCGCGACGGAACUCGGGCACGGCGGCACAAUUCAAGGGAUAUCCGGAUCCACCACCCCCACGACCCCCGCCGCAGCCCCCGUCGGCGGGAUCAGCUUCUCGACCAAUUCGUCGUCGUCGGAGUCUGACGAUACGUUGGAGGACGAGGAGACGGAGGAGACGGGCGGGCAGCCUCAUGAGCAUGGUAGUAAGCGCAAAAGGAAAGGAGGGUCCGGUGGCGGCGGCGGCGGCGGGAGCAGGAAGAUGAUGGCGUUCUUCGAUGGGCUGAUGAAGCAGAUGGUGGAGCGGCAGGAGGCAUUGCAGCAGCGGUUCCUGGAGACGAUCGAGAAGCAGGAGCAGGACCGGAUGAUCCGCGAGGAGGCGUGGCGGCGGCAGGAGAUGGCGCGGCUCACUCGCGAGCAGGAGCUCAUGGCGCAGGAGCGCGCCAUGGCCGCCUCCCGCGACGCUGCCGUCCUCUCCUUUAUUCAGAAGAUCAGCGGCCAGACCAUCCAGCUGCCCACAGUCCCCGCCACCCCAAUUUCCGCAGCCCCCGCGCCCGCGCCCGCGCCCGCGCCCAUGCCGCAGCCGCAACGACAAACCCGGCAGUCGCCGCCGCCGCCGCCGCCGCCACAACCAGUACCACCACAGCCGCAAACGCAACCACAACGAGAAUUUCGGCAGAAGCAGCAAAGCACGGAAAUUGUGCUUCACCAAGCCUCUACCUCGUCUCACGAGCUCGUCCCGGUCCCCGACCCUCAAGAGUUGGCUCCAGGGGGCGCGGGCUUUGAGACCGUAUCGUCGUCGCGGUGGCCGAAGGCGGAGGUGCACGCGCUGAUAAAUCUGCGGAGCGGGCUCGACAUAAAGUACCAGGAGGCCGGGCCGAAGGGCCCGCUGUGGGAAGAGAUCUCGGGGGAGAUGAAGAAAUUGGGGUACAACAGGAGCUCCAAGCGGUGCAAGGAGAAGUGGGAGAACAUCAACAAGUACUUCAAGAAGGUGAAGGAGAGCAACAAGAAGCGCCCCGAGGACUCCAAGACCUGCCCUUACUUCCACCAGCUCGACGCACUCUAUCGCCGGAAGCAACAAGGCAUCGGCGGCGGCGGUGGCAGCAGCAGUAGCGGACACCGGUCGGGAGACCAAGAAGCGUAUUCGCAUUCCAAUCCGCAAGGACAAGGUAACGUUCUCUCUAUAAUGCCGCCGCCGCCGCCGCCGCCGCCGCCGCCAUCCUCGCAACCGCCUCCCUUAGAAGCUGAAAUUAAAACUGACGGCGGCAAAAAGAAUGGCGGGAGCUCCGAUGGCAAUGGUGGGGGCUCGGGGGGCCUACAAAUACAGACGAGCAACGGCGGACUAACCCCGACCUUAUUCGAAGAAGGCCCCACGAAGAAGCCAGAAGACAUUGUGAAGGAGUUGAUGGAGCGGCGAGAUGCGGCUGACGACUGCGACGAGGCCGACGACAGCUUCAACAUGGACGGCCAGGACGACGACGAGGACGACGACGAGGAGGAGGACGAUGACGACGAGGAGGGCUCGAAGAUGCGGUACGAGAUACAGUUCCAGAGGCCGAGCAACGUGAGCGGCGGAGGCGGCGGCAACUCGUCAACUGCUGCCGCCGCCGCCACCAACACCACCACCACCACCACCACCACAGGUUCCUUCUUGGCCAUGGUUCAGUAGAGUUCCAUUCUUCUUUCACCAUUCAUUAGUGAUCCAAUUCCGCUCCCUCUCUCUCUCUCUCGGUGCACCAUAUGUGUAUUUUACUCCUCACCCAACACCCAUCCACGUUACCCAAAUACUUUUGUGUUUCCUCACACUCCUCCUCCUCCUCGGUCUUCUUCUUCCUCCCACGCGUGCGUCCUCGCCACAAAUCAUCAUCACCAUUAAUUCUCUUCUUGUUCAUCCCGUCGAAAUCCUCCCACUUCUUCAUUCAUUCAGUGGCGUCGCAUAGAAGUUUUGUGGGGUGAUGGUGAUAUAUUUAUUAGUGUUCCUUAGGUUUUCAAUCCACUCGUUUCGUUCUAUUUAUUGAUUUGUUGUGGGAAUAAACUGUCCUCUUCGGCUAACGGAGGGGAUGCGAUGCGGAUCCAAAAGUCAUCAUGGCCCGAUCUGGUUAAUAAGCUCGCGCAAUUAAUUAAUUUGAAAAUAUUAAAAAAGAAAAAAGUUGGUGUAUAUUGGGAUCGGAGGAAACAGAGAAUUAGAGGAAACAACAACUAUAUAUGGAGGAGGCUCUUCGUUCGUGUGAAUUGUACAUCAUCUACAACAAAUGAAGCUUUAUUUCUCUGUACGUAGAUCUAUGUCUCUA